ACUUAGCACUUUAGGUAUCAGUAGCAAUUUUCAUUUCGGAACGCGAUGGGAUACUUGGCAACUAAAUGCCAAGCAUCUUUGUUCCAUCGAACACUGUGAAUUAAAGAAGCAAACAAGAAAAACCUCUAAUCUAAAGAAAACGAACGGGAUUAUUCGUAUUGGGCCAAGAGAGGAAGUUAUGCUUCGAGGCCGACCUACCUUUCGUCUUCACAAGCACCAGAGGAUCAAGGAACAAUUUAAUCAAGAUAUAGUCAAAUAAUAUCAACCCUUGCUAAUUUCACUGAAUUAUUUCUCUUUCCGUUCUGGAGAAACCGUAAGCAAGAUUUCCCAUUUUGAAAUUGAUAUCAUCAAUAUUCAAAUUUGAGCAUCUGGAGGUAUUUUUACUAAAGGAGCUGGAUUGAAGUCGCGUUUCUAAUCAGAUGGGUAUUUUUAGCAAACUCUUCGGGAAGUACUUGUUGAUCACCAACACCGCAAGUUGCGGCCUCAUGAUGGCCGUUGCGGAUGUGAUACAUCAGCAAGGCGAAUUAUUCAGACAAAAUCGCUCGACGAAAGUGGUUUCGAUUUCUACCAAUGUAUUAGAACAAGAAAAUGGAGAAGACAAAAAAGUCACACUAUCCUGCGGAUCUGAACAUGACUUCACUCGCACGAGAAAUAUGUUGACUGUUGGUCUCCUUCAGGGACCAUUUCAUCACUAUUUUUACAAAUUUUUGGAAAAAUCUUUACCCGGGACUAAGGCCCUUUCGGUUUUGAAAAAAACCUUUGCUGACCAGAUGUUGUCCAGUCCAACUUGUAUUGCCAUUUUUUUCUUUGGUCAUGGAUUUCUGGAAAGAAGGAAUCUCAAGGAAAUCAAUGAAGAAGUCCAGCACAAAUUUCUACAUACAUGGAAGGUAGACUGGUGUUUCUUUCCUCCUGCACAGAUGGUGAACUUUUUAUAUGUCCCUGUUCAAUAUCGUGUCCUUUAUAUCAAUAUGAUGACGAUGCUUUUCGACAUUUUCUUGUCUUACGUCAAAUAUGAAGCUGAAUUUACACAUUGAGAAUUGAUUAUAACUGGAUGACAAAUGACACCUGAUAUUCAAAAAAAAAAUAAUUUUAAAAAUAUAGUCUGUAUACUGGCUUUAUCUUGAUUUAAGUCAUGCUUAAUAGUUGAAUUGUGAUUAUUUAGAUUAUAAUUUAUAUUUUGUUCCAGAAUUACAGACAGAUUAUUACAAAAACAAGAAAGAAAACUCAAAAGAAGGAACAUCAUUCUGCCAGUAUCAGUAUAAUAUGCCAUAGCAAACAAUAUUUUUUAUCUAAUUUUUACUUGUCAUCCUAAGCGCUGUUUAUACCUUUAUAAUUUUAAGUUGUCAUAGAAAUAUCAUAUUUUCCAUUAUUGUAUAA